CUCCGGCCUGAUGGGCCAGGUGGCUCGUAUGCAGACUUUACCCUUACCUACUAAUUUUUACAUGUUUUCCUUCAAAGUGGUGCACCUGCCAGUUAAAGUAUGCUUGCAGUGCACUGGAUGCAGCCUUUGCCGAUCUGAUCACUUACCUUCAGAGAAGUUGUAAGAAUCAUGCAGCCCUCCCGGUGGUUUCAGCCGUGCAGUCCAGGACAAUGUACCUGCUUGAAGUAGUCACAACUGACAAUAAGCCUAGUUUACCUGGAAAUAAAUCUCCAAUGUUUAUGGAAGCAGUCAGAAGAAAGACAUUUUCGUCGUGGCCGCACAAAGAAUACAGGUGGGCAUAUCCAGAAGCUAUGGCCAAAGCUGGCUUUUAUCACCAACCUAGUAAUCGUGGAGAUGACCGAGCUCUCUGUUUUACUUGCAAUGUGUGUCUGGUGUGUUGGGAACCAACUGAUGAACCCUGGUCAGAGCAUGAGCGCCAUUGUCCAGACUGUUCAUUUGUGAGAGGAGACCACACUAAAAAUGUUCCUAUGUCAGUGUCACUAGCUACUGCUCCAGCUUGUGCUCAUGAAUCAACUCAUGUUAAAGUCAUCAGCGAGAGCUCUUGUUCCCACUAUAUUGCAACGUGUAGUGAAGAUGGACAUGUCAUCAUCUGGAACAUCCAAGAUGAGCUUAAGAUCCACACUGAGUUUCAAGUUGAUCUCCCUGAUGAGGUUACAGAUGUACAGGUUGGUGAUUUGUCCGCAAGAACUGGCCCUCCAACAAGCUUUAUUGCUUGGGCUGAGCCCGAGAAUGAAGAAGAUAUGGAAGGCACAUCUACUGAACAAGACAAUGACUCAGAAAGUGUGAGUGAAGCACUUACUCCAGUUAGCAAUGGUGAAGAAAGCUGUAAAGAGGAGGCGUCUACACCCUCGCCCACACUACACCAGAACACCAGUGAAGAAUGCGAGAACAGACAAGAUGAGGAGAAGAGUGCUGCUGACAGUCCAUCUGAAAAUACUGUUUCAGAUCAACAAAAUGGCAAACACAAGUUAACUGUCUGUUCGGUGUCUAUUGUGUGUUCUUGUGGAAAAGAUCCAACAAACAAUGCCGGCCAGAAAUGUCAAUCAUUUGGACACACUGCAACUUUAAUGCUAGCAACAUUUGUGGGAAAGAACUACCUGACAAGUGAUGCAGUAAAAGCAGAGGACAAACAUGAUUCAAAUGCCACAGCGGGAACUCAACUUCACCCCUACAUUUUAGUGUAUGACAUCUUGACAGAUUCAGGAAACAAGCUAGGAGAAACUACUUCAAAGCAGCAUUUCAACGUUGACAGCAGUACUGAACUUGAAAAGGAAAUGUUGAUGCUGACCCCAUCUGGGAGUGAUGAUGACUGGAUGUAUGAUCAGCUUCCUGUUUAUGCCCCUCCCCCUCCUCCGGUCCUUCCUCCUGACACACUUCAUUCAUCUGUGUUGCAAAAAUUUGCCGAGGCUAUCGCUGGUGAGAAUGAAGACAAAGGAAAGACUAACAAAUCUAAAGAGGAACCAAAUAGAUAUAGGGAACUUCAGUGUAUUGGGUUGUCAGUAGUCUGCAAAGGACAGUGCUGUAAGGUGUCCAACGUAGUCCCAUUUGGGGAUGGUCAAUAUUUGUUGAUCAGUUUUGAUGUAUGUAGUUCCUGCAAUGAUAAAGUGAAGUCGGCUCCCAAUGGCUCAAGUAGAAAAACUGAAACGAUAGUUCAAUCAAGUGAUGAUUCUUCAGCAGAAGCAGCAAAUAAUUCUAAGCAAGAAAUUAAUCCAAACAAUCAUAAUUGUGAACAUAAUUUUAAUCAAACGACUCUUGCAGUGUACAGAAUAGUUAUCAAUGAUGGCAAGAGAACGUUGUCCCAACAGCCUACAAGAACAAAACCCUUUGCCACUACUGAUGGUCUAUUCAGUAGCAUAGUUCCCCUGCCCCUUGAAAGCCAUGAUCACUUAGGUGACCUCUGCUUUCAAGAGGCCGAAGCAGAGCAUUCUUCGCCAAGUCAGCUGUUGGUGGCAGCUGUCAGGGAGAGUGUCGUCCUUAUGGAUGCAAGCUCUCUGAAUAUUCUCACCAAGUUCACAAAUGGGGCCUCAAGGAUUACACAUGUUCUGAACUGUCCAGGGAUGGACUGCUUUUGUGCAUGCACAGAGGAUGGAAUGAUGCACUUUCUUGGAUUGCGGCACCAGCAGGCUGGUGAAGCAAGUUUAGGUACCAUGGGAGAAGAGAGUACAGAUGGCACUCCUCAGGCAACCUCAGCAGGUUCUUGGUCACAAUCAGCUGUUGCUCUUGACCCUGAUGAACCAGUCACUAUGGCAGGCCUGCUGUCUUUGGUUCAGCUCACAGAGUUUGUUACAUUGAUGCCAAGGUUCACUGCUUCAGUGCCGUCAUCUUGGGUGGAGGUUCAGCAGGAUCAACAGCGUCUUCACCAACACAGCCUGCUAGACCCUGUGUUGCAUACCAGGACAUGGAAACUGCGAUCAGACAGUAGCAGCUUUUUGACCAAGGAACAAGUUGUUGAGCUUGUGCUUCCACGUUACUGCCAUGUGGGCCAUGUAGACAUCAGAUUCUCACUGAGCCCUAUGACUACUCAGCCAACAACAAAUGUGUACCUUGUGAAGCCACCUUAUCCUGGUUCCUUUAAACCAAAUCACAAGGCCUUCACACCUCUUGUAGCUGAACAUCUCAAGAAAGGUAUUCUGACCUCGGCUCGAGAGCAAAACACUGUUGUGUGUGGCCCUGUGAAUUUGAAACUGGGGCUUGAUAGCACUGGACGACAUGGCCGUGUGACAUUGACAAGCCCUGAACUGAUCAAGUCCAGCAGUAGAAUUUUGCUGAUUGUUUUGGACAGCUGUGGUCCCAAUGAGGAUUUGACAGAGGUGUCAAUAACGGUGACAAGGUUUAAAAACAACUUCCCAGCUGACUGCCACAAAUUGAGGAGCAGCUUGCUGGAGGACAGCAGCAAACAACUUCUUGACAUUGUUGUGGGAUCUGAGCCGGUGCUUGGGGCCACAAAAGUUAAUGAUGGAAGAAAACUGGCACUAGAACUCCUCUGCUGGAUUGCCGGCAUUUGUGUCAACUGCAAUACUGGGAACAACAGCUUGGUACAGGAGGUGGAGACCCAUUUACCCAAGUUGAUUCAGAUAUGUUUUCUGUCUUGUGGACGAAGCAUUGCUCACAAGUGUAGCAGACUUUUGAUGAUGUGUGGCAGGUAUAGUCCAUGUUUUACAAUGCGAUUACUGUAUGCAACUGUAAUGGUCCAUUCUAAACUCAAUGCACAAGGUUCUGAAGUGAACAACAGCUUGGUACAGGAGGUGGAGACCCAUUUACCCAAGUUGAUUCAGAUAUGUUUUCUGUCUUGUGGACGAAGCAUUGCUCACAAGUGUAGCAGACUUUUGAUGAUGUGUGGCAGGAAAGCUGCUGGCCAGAGGACCUCCUCUGACUCAACAUCAUCAUUUAGAAGAUCUCUUCUAGAUGCGAUCCUGGAUGUCCUGCAAGCAACACCAUGUGCUGUAUCUUCUGGAGCAGUUCAGUGGCUGUUUAAAUUACUAACUGGAUUUGCAGCUCAGGCAGAUUCCACUCUCACCAGCUUUGUGUGCCUAGAAUUGCUGGAACUUUUAUCAUCAAGGCUUGCCACUGUAAGACUUCGAGAGCAUCUGUUUUUAAGAGCAAGAUAUGGUCUGUAUGGAUGCCCUUUAGAUCCUGUUCUCUUUGAUGCUGUACCUCAACCCCCCACCAACCCACAGAGCCCACCAGUUGUCAAUGGUCUAAGUGGACUAUCUUUGGCUGUUAAGGGAGCACUUGCUUCAGGAAAUUCUGACCAUGAGUCUUGGAGUGGUGUGAAUUCCCCACUGGCUUGUCAAGGGCUCUUAGAAGUUCAGCCCCUUCAUUUUGUGUGCUGUUCAACUAGUGAUGGUGCCCGAGUGGAGAGAGGUGACACCCAACAAAUACCUGGUGGUAGUUUGGGGCCUCCUGGGCCAUCCGUGGCUGUUCCAAUGAUGUCUGGUGGAAUGCCUUCUUCAUCAACAUUGGCUCCAACACUGCCAAAUGUCACUGAUUCUCUGGUUGCUCUGGAAGUUGAACUUCAGAUGUUAAAGCAGCACAAACAGCAGCUAGUCAGCCUGCAGCAUCACAAGCAGCAACUAGAAAAACACAAGAAGGAACUAGAAGAUCUGUCCAUGUUGUCCCUGUUUCCUAAGUUUCUGUACAAAGCUGGAGAUGUCUGGAACCCUCCACCAACCACUCAAACAUUCCCUGCACCUGCUGGAACACCUAUGUCUUCUACUAGCACUUUAAUUAACCUGGCACAGCAUAAGAAACAAACAUCAUCCACCAAAAAACAGGAGAGGGCAGCUGGUGUUCCUGCUUCUCAGCCAAUCCAGCAGCACCUUAUGCAGCCCCCUCAACCUCAGAUGCUGGUGAUUGACCGUCUUCAUGCAGGUGCUCGUCAUCAUGUCAUUCUAGACUUUGGCUGUGUUGUCCAGUUGACAGAUGUGCUGAUUCCUCAGUGCUCCGACAUAAUGUCAUUGUCUGUUGAUGUUUGGACUCUGUGGGAUGAUCCAGAUGUUCAGAGGGUUGCGGUGGUGUCAGACAUUAACCUUUGUGCCUGUGUCCUCAAGGACCUUUUACCUCCCCCUGUGUGCCGAUAUGUCAAGUUGACUGUGGUAGGAAGGCCCAAGACAAAUGCAAAGGCACGUGUGAAGAUUGGAGAAUUCUAUGGUCACCCAUUGUGUGGUCAGACUUCAAUAAAUGGAGAAACUCAGCUACUAGAUGCAGGUUGUAAUGACCAACAGUGUUUACCUAUACUGCAAAAUCUUCUGGAAGACAUCCAUUGUCACUACAAUUUGGCUUGCACCCAGCUUCGAAUCCUGCUACAAUCAUCUGAGCCAAAGAAUCCCAGGAUGGGUGUCACUGUUAAAGGUGCAUCUCUUACUGAGGAAGAAAAGAAGGUCCACAAAGCUUACAACCAAUGUAUGAACCUGCAGCGUCAGCUUAACCUUGUAGAGCAAUCCAUUAACAGACUUACUUCAAAUGCAGAGAGUAGCAGUGUAGUUUUCUCCCUAGACGAAGCUAAAUAUGAUAACCUACAGGUGAUUUGCAACUGUUUAAUUGACACUGUGGUGGUACUGAUGGGUGUUGGGCCUUCUUUAGAUGGUUAUCUGGCAAAACCUAAACUAGCACUCGAGUGGCAACCAUGGCUAAGUCAAGUCACCCCAGUGAUGUGUGAAAACCUUUUCCGAAAUCUGUGUGUACGUGGCUCCCCUCAGAAGCGUGAGAGAGUUGGUGCUCUUCUCCUGAAUGCCUGUGGAAGUAAACCUUGGUGGGGUGAAUUUUUGUCCAGUGUCCUGAAAGAGUUCUUUUCUUCUGACCAGAAGUGCACCUUCCCACAAGAAAGGUUGUUCGCAGUACUUGUGAGUUUGAGCCAGCAAUCUCCUUCUCUUGAAUCAGUGCUCGCAAGUUUUCUGAGCCUCUUGGAUGGACUUCUGCUACUAAAGAACCUCAAAGUAGAUUUGGAGUCAGUGGACUUGACAUUGGUUGGCUGGCUUUUACUCCUCUUGCAACAUGUUCUUGACACAUGCAUAGUUCAAUGUGAACCUACUUCAUCUGGAACAGCUGAAAAUGGAGACAAUUCCAAAGGUUCAAAUGACAAAAAUGGUGGUACAUCCACCCCUACUUCAAGUAAGAGCAGGUCAUCCAAGCCUGCAAAAAGUAAUAAAUCCUGCAAACGAAGUAGAUGGGACUUCAUGCUUCCAAUGCCAGCAACUCAGCCAGCUGGCCAAAGCAGUGAUAACAGUUUCUCUCGUUGGCAGAAGCACAUGAAAAUGAGCAAGUGUGUAUUUCCAAAAAAGCCACCAGCAAUGAAACCACAAUCAGAUUAUUCUCCAUCACAGCAGAGCCUAACGAAGGGAAAUGGAAAGCAACCCUACAAGCACAUGAAGGGCUUGCCCAAACUGCGUCGUCUUGUUGAUGAAGGAAAACCACAACCUGAAAGGACAACAUCUCAGCCAACAGUGUUUUCAACAAGCACUCCUCUUCCAGCAAACACCACAGUUCCUGUCAUGCGGAAAAUGAUCAGCUUUAUUCUGAGCAUGAACUCCACCUGCAGUGUUGAGUUGUUUUUGGUUGCAUGCAAGGUUGUAGCUCACCUGUCGUGUGUAAGUGAACCAUCCAUUUGUCUUGCCGAUGUAGUGACAGACAGUCAGCUGGAGCAGCUUAUGAGGAUGUGUAUAAUGCCAAGUGGAACUCACACCGCCCACUGGGGAGGGCCCUGGGCUUCUCAUUCCCUGACAUCUCUUUUACAGGAUCUUCUUCAAGGUGGACAAGGAAGCAAAUCAUGUGAUACUCCAAAGAAUGGAACCGCACAAACUCCUGCAGUUCCAAAAAAUGGCACAGAAAGUCCACCUGUGACAAGCAUCAUGGAAGCUAAGGAAAAGAGUAUUCUUCUAGCUGAUUUGGAAUAUGUUAGUUCGUAUGAUUUAUAUCCGGAUUAUGACUUGCCUUCUGAGGGAGAACUUCAGGCCCCAGGUUGGAUGGGAGAGUUAGGUGACAUUGGUAAUAGCAAUGAGAUGCCACAGCCAACACCAGUGCAUGAGAAGCCAGUAAUGCCAUCUUCAUGGGAACCAAAAAUCGGUCCACCUCCAGUAAAACUUUCAUCUGCCAUUGACAUGCGGCUAGAACUUGGUGUUGAGAUGGAAGCAGAACAAGAUCUUAAGAUGUUAGAGCUUCUCCAAGUGGAUGCUAUUGCAAAGGCAUUGAGUACCACGAUGCCAUCCUCGAAAGGGACCACUGAGCAGCCAAGAAGGACUCUGUCUAGAAAUAUGAAUGGCUCCUUAGUAGAAGAGACACUGCAGGCAGCAUUUAGUGAGAUCUUUAAAGACUGCAACAGUCCAGAUGUAGAUAUCCCAUCUCUUCUGCAGUUGUGGCUAAAGAUUCGACUAUGUUGUAGCAGCUUGCAACUUGAUACAGCAUCACUGAGAAAUUUAAUGUCACACGUAGUGAACCAGCCAGGAACAUCUCCACAAACCCAGCAACAUUGCAUACAAGUCCUUACAGUUUUGUGUGAAGGGCAGUUGAUGAACUGUGCUAACCCCAAACUUCAGGCGUUUCUUAGUAAUGAAAAUCUUCUCAAAUUUUUAGUUCGGCUACUAUUGCAGAUGCCAUCAUUUGGAUCACAUCCUAUCUCACCCAAUUCCAAACCAGUUAAAGCAUUUCUGACUUCUUUACAGUCUGCUGUACAGGGCCACAAUGAUGCAACACUUUCCCAGGUAUUCCAAGAGCUGUUGCUUCGGACGAUACUUGAACUUUGUACAGGAAGACUCGCCAAUAGACAGGCAGUACUGCAGAUGGAACCGGUCAUUGACUUAUUAGCAGGAAACGCAAAUGCUGUAUGGCAUCAAGUAGAGCCUAGUGUUGUGAUACGACUUGCAAAAGCUACUGCAGAACUUUCUUUGAAUCACCUCACCCACAAGAGGGGCAUUAGUCUUCUUCCUUCCACUGAUGUCCUUGCCUCAGCUCCGAAUGGAGUGAGUGCUGACAAGCUGGAUAAUAGUGCAUGGCUUCUUCAGCUACUUAGUUUAAUCAUCCAGAUAUUACAGAACUCUCCAGUGAAGCCUCUUGGCAACAACAGAAAUCAAACAGUGGUAGAUGUUAUUGCUGAAAGUAAUCAAGGACAGAAUUCCACUGAAUUGCAAGGUGUGCCAACCAAUGGUAGCAGCAGCAGUUCAACACCAGUCACUUUGACUGAUAAAUUGGUAACUGAGAAAGAGUUACUCCUGUGUCUGUUGGAAUGCCUCAAUCAAUGUUCUACUGAUAAACAAGGAGUGCUAGGCUCAGAAGCUUCCAUUUCCCAGGACAAAUUGUCAGCUGAUGGGAAGAUCUCUGGGAAGGCCACUUCAGUUGAAGAUGGAGUCUUGCAACUUUUGUGUGUAAUUCAAAACCAAGUUGCUGACCUUGAGGUAUUAGUUGAUGGAGUCCUGGCAUAUCUCCAGACAUCCACAAAAGAAGAUGUAGAGUUAUCUUCAACAUCUGUUAGGCAUCUAUCAGACGCACUGCUUUGGUUUUUGUUCAAACUUUUUGGUUCCUCUCAAGCUGUGACUCAGUUUUACGAAAAGGGUGGUCUUGACAUUGUGUGUAAGGCAAUUGUAGCAGGGCAGGCAACUUCCCUGGACCAUACAUCCCAUGGUCUUCUCUCUGUUAUGCAAGAGUUGACAAGUAGGGCUAGCAGGAGUGAACCCAGCAGGGGUUUAACAGCUACUGGAGAGAACGAUUGGACCAAACGAAUGAUCAACUUUGCCCCAUAUGGAAGUAUUCACUGCACUUCCUCACCCAGGCAUCCUCCUGAUGCCCUGUUGAAAGCCACAGCUCAGCAUCGUCGUGCUCGGUCUGCAGCAUGGUCAUUCAGAUUUCCUGCCAAUGAGGAAUGGUGUGAGUUGGUUGUUAGUCUUCCCACAGCCAUCUUGUUACAUGAGGUGCACAUUCAGCCACAUUCCACGGGCCUUUCAACAUGCCCGUCACAUGUGUCACUUGAUAUCAGUAAUGAUAGUCACGUCCUUGUUCCCGUUUGUGAACCAGUUCUCACCACUGGAAUUACAGUUAUCAAGCUUAAACUUGAACAAACUAAAGUAGCCCAGCAUGUCCACAUUCACUGUCAUUGUCCACGGGACUCUCGUGUCUUGGGGCUGUCACAGAUCAAGGUUAUGGGAACAUCACUGCAUGGAUCUCAGAGCUUAGUGAACCAAGAACUCCAAACCUUGAAGGGUCAAGCAGUUAGUCUUGGUUGGAUUCAGUUACUGGGUCAGUGCCUCUCCCAAGGAGCCAACUUGUAUCAGGAGACAAAGGAUCCCUCAACACUGCUCUCAGAUGUAUUUAGCACUUGUGUCAGGUUGCUGUUAUCACCACAAAGUGAGGGAUGGUCUGCUUGUCUAGAACUGGUGCUCAUGAAGUUAUCCGUGCAGUUUCCAGAGCUGGGGACGAUGUUAAUUAAGCAGCUUCUUAAAUGUCCAAGUGACAAGGAAAGAAUGAGAGGACCAGUUGUGAACGUAGCCACAGUGGAACUAAUCUAUCAACUUGGGAAGAAACAGGAUUCUUCGUAUCAAGACAGGUUGUCAGUUAUGUCAUCUUGGUUAGGAUCCAUAUGCAAUUCAUCAGCCUUGAUACAGACGGCACCCGGUCACAUCCAGGCUAUAGCUGCAGUCAUCUGGCAUGCAAAGGAAACCGAUUCAGAAUCUACUGUUAGUCAACAUUUUUCAGAAGGGCUCUUUAGGUCUCUCUAUGAUUGGUCACAAAAUAUAUCCGACCAGGAUACUGUGAAACAAAGCAUUGACCACCUCAUAGGAGCUCUUUCAUUUAUUUGUCCAACGUAUUAUGAAGUGCUUUUAGAGUUGACUGGAACAAGGGAAGUGCUCAACCACCAUCGCAAAAAAAGCGCUGAUGCUGGUGGAACAUUAUCAAGCCUUUUGUCUUCCCCAUCACGGCUUGCAACACUUGCAACAGCAAGCCAAUCUGACGUUACAAGUCAAAUACUUCUGAAUUCUGGUUUACUUGAACUGAUGGUGCAAGGUAUCGUGGACUUUUGUCACUCAGCUUGUCAUUCACAAGAUCUAGGCAAAGAUGCAUCUUCAAGUAUAAGUCAGAAAAGUCUCUCCCAGAAGAGAAACUGUGUGCCCAUUAAUCAUCUUCAACACCUUUUAAGUUUUCUGACAUGUUGUUGCAAAGAGCCAGCCAUCAAGGAUUGGAUGGGCGAAGGCGGCUACCAGUUUUGGUUUCUGCUUCUGUCUAAGCUCUGUGCAGGACCAGGCGUUUACACCAGCUCACUAUUUAGCACACCAGGCAUAGCAUCUUCCAUUUCUAGAUACACCAGUUUUGCUGUGGAGACUGCGACAGUGGAACUUUUAUGCAACUGUGUUCAUUUCCAUCCCAAGAAUCAAGAGAAAAUGGCGUGGCUCCUGGUUGAGACCAUUGGAGGGCACCCCUCAUCGAAUGCAUCUGAUUUGUCAUCGAAACCCAAGGUUACCUCACAUGUCAGUGGCUUCAUACGACAGUUGAUCUUACAGAUGUUGCUGGAGGAGGAAACCAUUCCUAUUUGUUUGCAUAUUGAGAAUGAUUUGAAUUUACAGACGUUUAAAGGAUUUGAUUUCUUUCACAAGCAAGGUUGGCAUCCUCGCUUUGGUGCAGGACACUCAUUUAUGUUACUCACUGCUAAGUUGUCCUCCAGUCUUGAGAAUCUUAGUGAACAAAUUUUACUUCCAAAACCAGACAAACCAGUCGAGACACCCCCGGAGGAAAAGGUUACCAAGCAUCCAAUGGAAGGGAUAGCUGACCCAAGUGAUUUUGGCUAUGAAGGAUUCGAAUUCCUGGAAUCAGUUAGUCUUGCUGCAGGAUUGAACGUGAAAAGCAAGAGAGCUGAAAAGAAUGAAUCGUCAGCAACAAAGGAAAAUAAUCCUGCUACUGUUCGGAAUCAAAAUCAGAGACAUAACUUGUCAUGCUCGUUUUACCAUGAGCUGGUCGGCGAUGUGCCACAAACUGUGACUUUGGCUCAAUUGCUGCAGACUCUAAUGAACAGAGGCUUACCUUGUGGAAGCUCUUAUAUUGAACUUACCGGUAAAACACAGGGCAAAGGGAGUCUACAGAAUGGAUUUUCGAAUGCUGCACCAUUGUUGAGCCCCCUUGAUGUGUUUGCAAAGCAUGAUGGACUUGCCCAGUUGUCAGUGCAUUUACCUUGCCACAUCAUCAUGCCUUCUUCUCUGACCCCUGAUACUGAAGGUGGAGGCACUGAGGCAGACAACACUGAGGACCGGUUACCCUCAUACCCAACCCAGCUUCCACUGCCCUUGGUCUCUCUACCUGCUUCAGUCCUUAGCACAGUUCCAGCACAUUCGCUGGUAGCAUUUGGUUUGUUCAUUCGUCUUCCUGGGUAUUACGAAGUGCUGCUUCAGGAUAAUUUGAGAGCUCGCUAUCUUUUGAGGUUGCUCCUGGGUGCCAAACAAGAUGGCGAUGGAGAAGCUAUCUUGUCAUCGCCAGUAGCCAGCAGUCUGUCGACAUUACCAUUCCGGGUACUACGCACCUUGUUCCAAGUCAGCGAACUUGUGCCACAGGAAGGUGUAGCAGUGCAUAGGGCAGCCAUGGAAGUUGGUGCCAUCCAGAUGGUCUUACUGUGUCUUGCUGUGCUAAGUCAUCACAAGCCUCGAGCUACUAGCCACUCUCACAAACUGGCCUUACAAGCUCUGUCUGCAUUGACUGGAAGCGUGUGUCGUGACAAUGAUAUUGGAGCGGGCAAUGAGAGGAGCUACUGGGCCAAAGGAACUGGUUUUGGUACAGGUUCCACAUCGUCUGGCUGGGACGUCGAGCAAGCUAUGUUGAAACAGAAGGCCGAAGAGGAGCAUGUAACGUGUCUUCUGCAGGUCCUUGCCAGCUACAUCAAGCCUUUUGGACAACGGAGCGACUCGCACAAAGCACCAUUUACCGAUUAUUCCCAGUCAAGCACUGAUGGGACCCACCCCCUUGUUGUAGUGCUACUGGAGCUAUUGGAGGAAUCGUGCCUGAUUCCUGCUCUCUCAUCCUACUUAAGGAAUGACUCCGUUCUGGACAUGGCCCGCCAUGUUCCUCUGUACCAGGCUGUACUCGAAGUCCUCCGAGCGGUUGCUUUGUGCCCAGUCCUUUUACCUUUGUUACUUCCCCGUUCAAGUGGAUACUCCCCGAACCAACAAGAAAGAGCUUCAAAAGAGGCACCUUCUAUAGUCAGCCUUUUGGACAAGAUGAAGCAGUGUGUGGACACUUACUCUAAAACUUUACGGUCAACUCAAGGUAAAAAAGAAGAUUCUCCUGUUCCAAACAACUCAGGUGGACCAAGUACCACUGCACAACCAAGUACCUCGACAGGAUCAAGUAGCACAGCAGGGGCGCCAAGUACUACAGCAGAAUCAGGUACCUCAGCUGGAACUAGUACGUCAGGGGUACCACGUGCUAGUUCAUCAGGUCAGGGUGCGACAGAAGACAAGAAGGACCAGGAAGCGGAAGGACUCGCACAGCUCAUACCUGACAUCCAGGAAACAGCCAAGCUGAUGCAGAAGGUGGUGCACCAAUUCCACCAACAGCAGCAGCAGCACGCCAGCUGUAGCAAGAUGACAGAAGGAGACGGAAAUAAACCCACGGAGGAGGCUGCUUCUCUCUCUGCCGAGGAGAGGUACUUGGCCAAAAUGAAAUCACUGCAGUUUGGCACUCACAGAAUUGUGAUAGAGAAAGAUGACGGAAAACUGGAGUUUGAUUCUGGUGGCUACCACUUUGCGUCUUCAAUACGUUCAGCGGCUACUGGUGGUGGUAGUGGAGGCAUGGUUCGAGCCAGGCGAUUGGCGCAGGAAGUGUCGUCACUUGCUACUUCACUUCCGCUCUCUAGCAGCUCGAGUGUGUUUGUUCGCUGUGAUAAAGAGCGAUUGGAUGUCAUGAAGGUUCUUAUUACAGGUCCAUCAGACACUCCUUACGCGAACGGGUGUUUCGAGUUUGAUGUGUAUUUUCCGCAGAACUAUCCGGAGUCUCCAAUGUACAUCAACUUUGAGACAACUGGUCAUCACAGCAUUCGAUUCAAUCCAAACCUCUACAAUGAUGGAAAGGUGUGCCUUAGUAUUUUGAACACAUGGCACGGCAGACCAGAGGAGAAAUGGAAUCCACAGAAUUCGAGCUUCCUUCAGGUCUUGGUAUCAAUUCAGUCGCUCAUUCUGGUUCACGAGCCUUACUUCAAUGAGCCAGGAUAUGAGAGAUCCAGAGGGACACCCGCUGGCCAGCAGAACUCGCGGGAGUACGAUGCGAACAUUUGCCAAGCCACUGUACGGUGGGCCAUGUUGGAACAGUUAAGGAAGCCGUCACCAUGCUUCAAACAGGUUAUCCAAGCUCACUUUUACCUGAAGAAGGAUGAAAUCCUUGAGCAGUGCGAACGAUGGAUCAAAGACACGGAAAGCUUGUUAUCAGGGAGGCCAGUUGGCCGUGCCAUAUCACAUCACGUGCAGUCACUGAAACAAAAUACUGAGCUACUGAAACAGGAACUCGCCAAGCUUGAGCCACCUCCUGAUCACAAGGAAGGAGAAGAGGACAGUGAUGAGGAAAGUGACUAAACAACAACAAGGAUUCAUUUAGACAAAUAUUUUAUUACAACGUUUGGUCCACCAAGCGUUCAGUGCAAUGCUGAUUCGUCGAAGGGUCCGAGUUGACACUUCAAUAGCUGCCAAAAUAUCACAUGCCAGUUGGCUUUUCAGUGACGCUGUGAAGUGCUGUUUUUCCGCUGAAAGAGUAACGCCUUGAUCAUGAACAAAGAAGUUUUAUUGUCCGACACUACCGUUUACAUAUAUGUUGAGCUGACAGGUUAAGAGGAUUCCUUAGUGGAAGUCACAGAGCCACGGAUUCUGAAUGGAUUUUCCACAAAAACCAACAGUUUCCGAUGUGGAAAUCACGUUCUGAGUCUGUUAUAAGGAGAUACUCGCCGACAGCCGGUGAAGUUACCAGAAUAGAGGAGAUUAGAUGUCACGUGAAUAAAUGAGUGGCAUGGAAUUGGAGUUACGCUUGGUGUUGGAGCUGACCGUGUCGGGGUGAAACUUUAUUGGACUAAAAGGCUACAUCGUGCUAUCUUCAUCUUUUCUGUUGUUAAAAUAUCAUUCCACAAGAAGGAACCUCAAAUGCCAAGUAGGCGAAGUACAAAAACGCUUACUUAAGUCAUAAACUAAAGUUGAACAAGGAAGACCUGAGAAUUGCAAAGAUGGACACAGAUUUUGACUGAACUUCAUUCAACAACCAAGACUCCUUUUAGUUGCUGCCAAUAUUGUACGACAAAAGUUUUAUCAUGCAAGUUAGUGAAUAACUUCGCUAUAUAUGAAAUCUGCUGUGUUUGUUGUACGAAUAACCCACAGUAGUUUGAAUUUCCUGGAAAGUUUACGUAGUAUUAUUUUUUUUAUGUCCUGAUCAAUUUAGCUAAUAAGUUCCAGUUCGUGCGUAUUUGAAUACGCACUGUAUGGUUAAGGUUAGUAUCAUAGGCUUUUAUCAACUGCAAAGUUGUUAAGUAGUGCUUAUCAGAUGUUCUUUUUGUUUUAGUGACGAAAACUUUGAACUCGCACUGGACACUUGCGUAAAUAUUUAAAAGAAGGCUUCGUAAUGUGAACUCUUCAUUUCUCGUUCUGUGCUCCUCGCUUAUUAGUGGUAAAUAGGAACUUAAGGGCUUAGGAAAUUCUGUACAGAUUGCAAAAAAUGGGAGAGGUUUUGUUUAGCCUAGACGGUACUUCUUAGUUGCAAAGUAAAGACAAAGCGUCUCGUUUUCAAAUUGCGUAACUUAAUAGGCGUUUAGAAAAACGGGAAAAUCUUUCCAGAUUUAGUAUUUUGCCCUCACGAAAAAUAAUUGAAAGAAAGGAGCGAAUUCAGUAAUUCUGAAAACUAUGUCUAUUUGCUGCACCUGAAUAAACUUUGAAGUACAUAACGCAAA